CCCCGCCGCCGCGCUAUGAAAGCCGUGCGGGCGCCGGGCACCGGGAGCUUGCAGCGCUCUAGAGCCCGGGGGGACCCCGGGACCCCCGUGUCCCCCCCCCCCGGGGCCGGCCCCGCCAUGCUGGUGGCCGGCUCUCCGUGCGGCCCCGCGGGGCUGCGGCAGUACCGGGGCUGUGGGGGCCGGCGGGGCUGCGAGGACACAGGGAUCCAGGUCCCCCAGGAGCUGGAGAAGGGGCCCAGCGCCUUCAUCCCCCUGCAGGAGAUCCUGCAGGAGGGGAUGGAGAGCAGCCUGCGCCAGCUCCUCAUCGAGGCCUUCGUCUCGGCGGGCCGGGUGGACAACAUCACCAUGGUCAUGGGGCUGCACCCCCAGUAUCUCAGCAGCUUCUGGAAGACCCAGUGCCUCCUGCUGCGCAUGGACGGGCCCCUGCCCUACCACAAGCGCCACUACAUCGCCAUCAUGGCAGCAGCUCGGCACCAGUGCUCCUACCUGGUGGGCUUGCACAUGGGGGAGUUCCUGCAGGUGGGGGGCAACCCUGCGUGGCUGCAGGGGCUGCACUGUGCCCCCCCGAAGCUCAGGAACCUCAAUGAGAUCAACAAGCUGCUGGCACACCGGCCCUGGCUCAUCACCAAGGAGCACAUCGAGGCCCUGCUGAAGACAGGGGAGAACAGUUGGUCCCUGGCAGAGCUGGUGCAGGCCCUGGUGCUCCUCACCCAUUACCACUCCCUCGCAUCCUUCGUCUUCGGCUGCGGCAUCAACCCCGAGGAGGACCAGGAGGGGGGACAGGGCUCCUGGCCCCCCCCGACCCACAGCGACAGCAGCCCGGCCUUUGAGGACAGCAUGGGGGGCUCUGGGGCCAGAGAUGCCAUGCAGGAGGUGGAGGUGCUGAUGGAGAGGAUGAAGCUGCUGCAGGAGAGCCAGCAGGAGGAGGAGGGCGUCACGCAGGAGGAGAUGGAAACGCGCUUUGAGAUGGAGAAGACGGAGAGCUUGCUGGUGGCUCCCUCGGACCUUGCGGAUCACUCCCUGCAGUCCAACGUGCUCUGCUUUGUGGAGGACCCCGAGUUCGGCUACAAGGACUUCACCCGGCGGGGGGAGCAGGCACCCCCCACCUUCCGUGCGCAGGAUUACACCUGGGAGGACCAUGGCUACUCGCUCAUCAACCGCCUCUACCCCGACGUGGGGCAGCUCCUGGAUGAGAAGUUCCAGGUCGUCUACAACCUGACGUACAACACCAUCGCCAUGCACUGCGGCGUGGACACGUCCAUGCUGCGCAGGGCCAUCUGGAACUACGUCCACUGUGUCUUUGGCAUCCGCUAUGAUGACUACGACUAUGGGGAGGUGAAUCAGCUCCUGGAGCGCAACUUGAAGAUCUACAUCAAGACGGUGGCUUGCUACCCGGAGAAGACAACCAAGCGGGUGUACACACAGUUCUGGAGACACUUCAAGCACUCGGAGAAGGUGCACAUCAACCUGCUCUUGCUGGAGGCUCGGAUGCAGGCAGCUCUGCUCUAUGCCCUGAGAGCCGUCACCCGCUACAUGACCUGACCAGCAUCUGCUCCCUCCUCCUCCUCCUCCUUCAGGGGGGAAGCCAAGGGGGGGAGCUAGUACCAUAAGGACUUUGUUGGAACGUCGUCUCCCUGCUUAAGGAGCUGUGGAAGGAGAGUUGGGGCUUCCCCAUCCCUCUUCCCAAGAGAGGGGACCCAACAGCCAUCAGUGCUGGGAAGACCCAGCAAUGCUGCCCUGGGCUUGGGGGUGCUCGAUGAAGCCAACCCAGGGUGCUGUGGGUGCUGCCUUCACCGUAUAGUGCUGGUGUUCUGUACAGUCAUGGUGUCCAUGUUCCAUGUCCUGGCACCAAGACUGUCACUGGGGAGGAGGGGGCAGAGAGCAGCACAGGAUGGACAGCACCGGCUUUGCUCCUGCUUCUUGGGGUCAUCCUGUGCUGGAAGCCAUGGGGGUGCUGCCCUGGCACCCCCUUCCCACCCAAGGAAGGCACCACAGCAGCGUUGGGAAGGAUCCAGGCACCCCGGGUGCUGUUCAUCUCCGAGCUGGGAUCACCUCCGUGCCUUGUCCCUGCUGUGACCUGGGGCCAUCCCCUCUGCCUGAGGUGGGGAAUGGGCUGCUCUGAGGGUGGUGGGGUGGGCUAUGGGGUGGCUGUAGCUUUAUCCAGAGCACGUCCCAGGGCGCGGGUCGCUGGGGAGGUGCCUGUUGGGAUGAAUCCUGGCUCAGCCACUCUUGGGUUGGCCCCGUGGCCCCUUACUCCAGUUAAGUUAUUUCUAUGUGGUUUGGGGUGGAUUUACUCCUGCCUGGGCACGGUGAUGCCUUUGGGCCUCGGGUACAGACCUUGUUUGAGAGAAUAAAAUGGUCAUUUUCUUA